CUUGGCCUUUUUGUUGCGCUUAUGUUUGUAUCACCUUUGUUCCGUUCUCAAAAAUGUUCAGGUGUUCUUUGAUGUGAAGAUUGGAGACAAAGAUGUUGGCAGAAUUGUAAUUGGAUUGUUUGGAAAAGUCGUCCCAAAGACUGUGGAGAACUUCAUUGUGCUGGCAACUGGAGAAAGAGGAUAUGGAUACAAAGGAAGUAAAUUUCAUCGUGUGAUCAAAGACUUCAUGAUACAGGGAGGAGACUUUACAGCUGGAGAUGGAUCAGGAGGAAGAAGCAUCUAUGGAGAAAGGUUUCCAGAUGAGAACUUCAAGCUCAAACACUAUGGAAUUGGAUGGGUUAGCAUGGCUAAUUCUGGCCCAGACACCAAUGGAUCCCAGUUCUUCAUCAGUGUGACAAAGCCUUCCUGGUUAGAUGGAAAACAUGUAGUAUUUGGCAAAGUCCUUGAUGGAAUG